AUGACUCCUCUCCUCAUUCUGCUCCUGCACUGCUCUUUAGUGCUCGUGUCCUUUUCCUCACCGGUCAAACCUCGCAGCUCACAAAUCAGCGUCUUCCACUCCAGCGUGCAGGACGCACAGAGUUUGGUCAAUAAGCUGUUAAAGAAUAUUCCUGUGGUGCACAAGUCGUGUGUGAGAGAGCACUUUACGAGAGACCCCUUCAGUCUGGAGUACAUCAGGGAGACGCUGGCGAUUCCUUCUCCACCCAAACUCGCCCCCAUCUCAGAAACACACACUCUGGAGAUGAAUUUGGGCCGAAUAUCUGAAGGUCUGCAGCUCCAUCAGAAUCUACUGCAGAAGGUGAAGGAGAAAUUGGAUUGUUCAGAAGAACUAACAACGCUACUGGCUGAAAUCGUUGAGCUGAACACACACAUCAAUAAGGUGCAGGCAUUGGCUGGUCUUCCUGCUUCUAAGUCUCAGCUCGACUCCGUCUCUGUCCUGGCUGAUCUCAGUAAAGACGAUUAUAACCUGAACGUGGGCGUUCACCUGCUGCUGGAGCAGCUGCGUGCCUUUGCUCAGGACACUGUACGCACCUUACGAGAAAUUCAACACACACACUUCUAGCGUACAAGAACAUUCUUUCAUACGGUCUACUUUUUACAUGAAAUGCUAUUUAUUUAUUUAUUUAGUGAAAUUUUUAUGUAUAUAUUUAUUUUUUAUAGCAGACAUGAAUUCAUGCACUGGCUGGAGU